UGAAAAUCUCCAUUCCUUUCUAUUUCCAUUCUUAGCGCUACUUACAGCGUCUCUAUUUUCGUUAAUUUAGCGCUACUUACAGCAUCUCUAUUUUCGUUAAUUUUUCAUCUUCUUGUGUUGAGUCAGUGAUUAAGGACGAUCGAGAGCGCAGACAAAAAGAAAAUGUGGAAGUUAAAGAUAGCAGAAGGAGGAAAGGGGUUGAUUUCCGUGAACAAUUUCAUCGGACGUCAACACUGGGAAUUCGAUCCAAAUGCAGGAACUCCACAAGAACGUGCUGAGAUAGAAAGGGUGCGCCAGGAAUUCACAAAAAAUCGAUUUUCCAUUAAACAAAGCGCGGACCUGUUCAUGAGAAUGCAGCUCAGAAAAGAGAACAAGUGUGGCCCUAUUCCACCAGCAGUGAAAGUGGAAGACGCAGAGAACGUAACUACGGAAGCAUUGAUUACUACUAUUAGAAGGGCUAUCACUUUCUAUUCCUCAAUUCAAGCCCAUGAUGGCCACUGGCCUGCAGAAUCUGCUGGCCCUUUGUUUUUCCUUCAACCUUUGGUUAUGGCACUCUAUAUUACAGGAUCCCUUCAUGUUGUUUUAGGACCAGAACACAAGAAGGAAAUUGUUCGUUAUUUGUAUAAUCAUCAGAACGAAGAUGGUGGAUGGGGUUUCCAUAUAGAGGGUCACAGCACAAUGUUUGGAUCAGCGUUGAGCUAUAUCGCCUUGAGGAUACUUGGAGAAGGACCUGAAGAUGGUGAGAAUGGGGCAAUGGCCAGAAGCAGAAAAUGGAUCCUCGACCAUGGUGGUUUAGUGGCUAUUCCAUCUUGGGGAAAGUUUUGGGUCACGGUACUUGGAGUAUAUGAGUGGUCAGGCUGCAAUCCACUUCCACCAGAGUUUUGGCUUCUACCCAAUUUCUCCCCUAUUCAUCCAGGGAAAAUGUUGUGCUACUGUCGUUUGGUAUACAUGCCCAUGUCGUAUUUAUAUGGGAAGAGGUUCGUGGGCCCAAUCACAGGUUUAAUCAGAUCACUAAGAGAAGAAAUGUACAAGGACCCUUAUGAUCAAAUCAACUGGAAUAAAGCCCGUAACACUGUUGCUAAGGAGGAUCUCUAUUAUCCUCAUCCUCUGAUCCAAGAUAUGUUAUGGGGAUUUCUUUAUCACGUGGGAGAGCGUUUUCUGAAUUGCUGGCCCUUUACCAUGCUCAGAGAGAAGGCAUUAGAAAUUGCAAUUAAUCAUGUACGUUACGAGGAUGAGAACAGUAGGUAUCUUUGCAUUGGAAGCGUAGAGAAGGUGUUAUGUUUGAUUGCGCGAUGGGUUGAAGAUCCUAACUCAGAGGCAUACAAACUUCAUUUAGCCCGAAUCCCUGAUUACUUCUGGCUCGAUGAAGAUGGCUUGAAAAUCCAGAGUUUUGGGUGUCAGAUGUGGGAUGCUGCAUUUGCCAUACAAGCUAUACUUAGUUGUAAUCUGAACGAAGAAUACGGACCUACACUCGAGAAAGCACACUACUUCGUGAAGGCUUCGCAGGUCCGUGAAAACCCAUCCGGUGACUUCAAUGCAAUGUACAGACACAUUUGCAAAGGAUCAUGGACAUUCUCAAUGCAUGAUCACGGUUGGCAAGUCUCUGACUGCACCGCUGAAGGACUAAAGGCUUCACUCUUAUUGUCGGAAUUGCCAAGUGAUCUAGUUGGGGAAAAAAUGGAAACAGAGCGAUUCUAUGAUGCGGUUAAUGUCAUCCUCUCUCUACAAAGCAGUAACGGUGGUUUCCCUGCUUGGGAGCCUCAAAGAGCCCACAGAUGGUUAGAGAAAUUCAAUCCAACUGAAUUCUUUGAAGACACUCUCAUUGAGACGGAGUACGUGGAGUGCACUGGAUCCGCAAUGCAAGGCCUGGCUCUCUUCAGAAAGCUAUACCCAAUGCACAGAAGAAGCGAAAUAGAUAUCUGCAUUUCCAGAGCAAUCCGUUACAUUGAAAACACACAAAAUCCUGAUGGCUCGUGGUACGGUUGUUGGGGGAUCUGCUAUACCUAUGGUACCUGGUUUGCUGUGGAGGGACUAAAAGCCUGUGGAAAGAAUUACCAAAACAGUCCUUCAUUGCGCAAAGCUUGUAAAUUUUUGUUGUCAAAGCAGCUUCCAAAUGGUGGGUGGGGAGAGAGUUACUUGUCAAGCCAAAACAAGGUGUACACAAACAUAGAAGGCAACCGUGCAAACUUAGUUCAAAGUUCAUGGGCUUUGUUGUCCCUUAUUGGUGCAGGGCAGGCUGAGAUAGAUCCUACACCCAUACACCGUGGAAUAAAGUUACUAAUCAAUUCACAAAUGGAAGAUGGAGACUUCCCACAGCAGGAGAUAACAGGAGUAUUUAUGAGGAACUGUACCCUGAACUACUCAUCCUAUAGAAACAUCUUUCCCAUAUGGGCUCUCGGAGAGUAUCGUCGUCGAGUCUUGUGCGCAUAAAACCCCUCGACUGGAUUUCCAUCGAAGUAAUUAUAUAAUAAGUGCUUGGUUGUACACAUCAACUUAUGUCUGUUUAAUUAAAUUUCCAUUUAUAUGAAUUAUAUUUUUGCCUGCAACAUGUAAAAUAAAUGUCGUAUAAGCAAAUGGCAUUUAUCUCUUCAGUUUGAUCUAAGACGAUAAAAUUGGAAAUUGAUUAAUUCCCUACAUUAUA